AGCAAAACUCAGUCACAAAUAUGCAAAUGAGAUGCAAAUUUUGUAGCAAAGAUUCAAGAUGGCGGAAGGCGGUGAUUUUGACGUCUGCUUGCAGAGUUACAAGUAUGUUUACCGGCCAGACUUGCUCAAGGGCAAAGUGGCCUUCAUCACAGGUGGUGGUUCUGGGAUCGGCUUCAGAAUAGCCGAGGUCUUCAUGAGGCACCAGUGCACUGUAGUCAUAGCCAGCCGUAACCUAGAAAAAGUCAAAGCGGCUGCUGCAAAGUUGGAGAGAGCCACUGGAGGAAAAUGCCUGGCUUUACCCAUGGAUGUCAGGAAGGCAGACCAGAUCCUUAAAGCGGUGGAUGAUGCCUUGUCUCACUUUAACCGGAUUGACAUUCUUGUCAACAACGCUGCUGGUAACUUCUUGUGCCCUGCCAGUAAGUUGUCCUUCAACGCCUUCAAGACUGUCAUGGAGAUCGACGCCCACGGAACCUUCAACUGCAGCAAGGCUGUCUUUGAAAAGUACAUGAAGGACCAUGGAGGCAGCAUAGUGAACAUCACUGCUACCCUACACCACAGGGGAGUUCCACUGCAGACUCAUGCUGGUUCAGCUAAGGCUGCCAUUGAUGCGAUGACCCGCCAUCUUGCAGUGGAGUGGGGACAGUACGGCAUCAGGAUCAACUGUGUGGCUCCAGGACCUAUUGGAGAGACUGAGGGCAUGAGGCGACUGGGUGGAUCACAGCUCAAGAAGACGACAGGCAGUUAUGACCGCUUGAUAAGGGACAUCCCUGCGGGGCGCAUGGGAACCAAGGAAGACAUCGCGAACGGUGCCGUAUACCUCGUCAGCCCGGCCGGAUCGUUUGUUACCGGAACCAACCUGAUCGUGGAUGGCGGACACUGGCUCACGCAGAGUAGCUCCGCUAUGCAAGCCAGGCUGUAAAACAAAUGCACUGGGUCAUAGGAAAGAAGUCAGGGUUGUAGC